AUGCAUUCCUCGUCGAUUCUCUUGACGGUCGCCGCUGCGUUCCUGGACCUGACAUCGGCCCAUGGCUUUGUCAACGGCAUCAGGGUCAACGGCGGCACCUGGGUCCCCGGCGCCGACCCCGUGUGGUACUACUACACGGCCGGAACCUCGCCGGCGACGGUCGGGUGGAACUCGCUGAACCAGGACCUGGGCUUCGUCUCCCCUUCUGCGUACCAGACUAGCGACAUUGCCUGCCACAAGAGCGCCACGGCUGGACAGCUGUCCGUCAGCGCCAACGCCGGCGACACCCUCAGCAUCACCUGGAACACCUGGCCCAGUGACUCCCACAAGGGACCCAUCAUCAACUACAUUGCCAAGUGCAGUGGCUCAUGCUCAUCCGCCUCGGCCUCGUCGCUGACCUGGACCAAGAUUGCCGAAAACGGCUACAACUCGGGCGUGUGGGCGACCGACGGGCUGACGAGCAGCAACUACACGUCGACGCUCAAGAUCCCCUCCAAGCUCGCCGCGGGCAACUACGUGAUCCGGCACGAGAUCAUUGCCCUGCACGGCGCCAGCUCCGACAAUGGCGCCCAAAACUACCCCCAGUGCUUCAACGUCGUCGUCGGCGGCAGCGGCACCGUCAGCGUGCCCACUGGUACCGCCGGCACCUCGCUCUACACCCGCACUGAUCCCGGUAUCCUGUUUAACCUGUACACGAGCUUCACGAGCUACACCAUUCCUGGCCCCGCUCUUUGGACUGGUGCUAGCUAG